AUGGAAGGGAAGCACUCUUACCCACUGACAUUAACAGAGAUUGAUAAGCCAUGUGGAAACGCUCAAGUCAUUCAAGCAGAUAUUAUACAGCAGUAUGCCCACUUGAGUGAAAUUGAGGUCAACACUGCUCCUUCGACAACUAUCGAUGUUCUUCUUGGUGUUGACAAUACGUACCUCAUGAUCUGGGAAGAGUUCAUCAGGGGCCCGAGAUGUGAUGAUCCAGUUGCAGUCAGAUGUCCAUUGGGAUGGUAUAUCCAAGGAGGACGUUCGUGCGGUACUACCCCACUCCUCAACUACCUCAAUGUAUCUGCCAUCGGUCCAAUUGAAGAGUUUAUUGGGUUAGAGACUAUGGGUCUGGAACCAAAAAGAUGUAAAUGUUCAACAGACCUUCUGGACAGAAAUGCCACAGAGGUCAUGCAGCAAAGUGUGUCUCAACUCCCAAAUGGUUCCUAUGAGAUCGCACUUCCAUGGAAGAAACCCCCUGAGAGUUUACCAGACAAUUAUGAGUAUGCCGUGAAAAGACAAAAACACCUCGAGAAGCAGUUUGCUGACAGGCCUGCUGAAUGGGAGGUGUAUUGCAAGCAGAUGAGAGAUCAGGUUAAGAGGGGCGUUUCCAGACACGUGACAGACGAAGAGAUGAGACAAGACCGCGCUACAGGAAAGAAAAUGUGGUUUCUUCCACAUUUCGCAGUCACCAAGGACUCAACUACCACUCCUGUGCGGGUAGUGUAUGAUGGAAAGUCACGAUUCCAAGGUCAUGCACUAAAUGACUAUUUGAUGAAAGGAGAGAAUGUUAAUUCAAACCUGUAUGAAGUCGCCUUGCGCUUCAGAGAGAAUGAGGUUGGAGUUAUUGCUGAUAUAAGCAAGAUGUACCAAGCCAUCAAAAUCAAACCAGAUGAUGCCAGAUUUCAUCGUUACGUCUUCAGAGAGAGCCCAAGUCACCCGUUACAGGUUUUCGAGCUCAGCACUGUGACUUUUGGGGACAAACCCUCACCAACAGCUGCCAUCCUCACACUGCGACAUGUCGUCGAGGAACAUGCUCCAAGAGAUGAAGGACUGAAAGAUGUAGUUGUCCACCAGUUCUACAUGGACGAUUUGAACGAAUCUGUUUCUGAUGUGCAGCAAGCUCUUGAACUCAAAUCGAAGCUCACAAAGACCCUAGAGAAGGGAAAGUUCAAUCUACGUAAGUGGCAGUCAAACAAACGAGAGGUUUGUGAUGAGACCGAGGAUAUGAAGUCUGCAACAGUGCUUGGACCAAAUGGAAUUUGGAGAAAGACAAGCUGA